GGUAAUGCUCAUUCAAAUCAGGGAUAAAGCAAAGGGAGAGAGAGAGAGAGAAAAGGGGGAGAGGGGAUGAGGAUCAUCUCUGGGAAUUAACCACGCACUUCCACAGCUGCCGAAAUGAGGGACAACUAGCAGCUACGCUCUGCCUUCAUUGCAGGAUAUACAUGUUCAAAAAGUAAAGCUUACAAGAAGAAGAAAAAAACUUUUCGCUAGAGGAUUGCAAUUAUUUUGAUUAGGCAUACAUCUCAUACAUCUCAGCGUGGUCUUGGAGGAUCUUUUUUGGUUUACGAGGGAACAUAUGGAAAUCAGUUCGAAGAGGUUGUCUGUGUUUCUGCAGAGGAUUUAUCCAGUACUGUGAGAUGCUGCCGUGGGCGAUCUUGACUUGUGGAAGUCGGUGGUGGAGUGGGCGCCUAGGCGUCGCAGAUUUCUCUUAGGUGAGAUACGGAUGCGCUUGGGGUCCCACUUUGAGAAAAGAAAACUUUGGAUCUGCCAUUGUUUUGCACUGGAAAUCAGGAGAAAAGUUGGAGAACAUUACACCCACCAAGAAGAACGAGUGAAAAUAUUUGUGGACACGCUUAUAUUUCCUUUUUUUUUUCUUUUUUAAAAUACGAAGACGUCGAUUUAAAGGAACACGAGAUGGGGUUUUAUCAUUCUUGGAUUGGCCCGCAUUUGGCAUUCGCUUUCUUCUGCACGGCUUUAGGUUCCCGACCUCGCCUAGAUGACUUCCCCCCACGGAUUAUCGAACAUCCAUCUGACCUGAUUGUCUCAAAAGGAGAGCCAGCCACCUUGAACUGUAAAGCUGAGGGUCGGCCCCUUCCCAUGGUAGAGUGGUACAAGGAUGGAGAGCGAGUUGAAACAGAUCGCGAAGACCCCCGUUCACACCGCAUGCUGCUUCCCAGUGGAUCACUGUUCUUCCUGCGCAUCGUCCAUGGCCGUCGCAGCAAACCGGAUGAAGGUGUCUACGUCUGUGUGGCCCGCAACUAUCUUGGGGAGGCUGUCAGCCGCAAUGCAUCCCUUGAAGUAGCUAUUCUCCGUGACGACUUCCGGCAACCCCCCAGUGAUGUGGUGGUAGCGGCAGGAGAGCCAGCGGUGAUGGAGUGCAUCCCUCCAAGAGGUCACCCUGAGCCCACCAUCUCUUGGAAGAAAAAUAAUGUCCGAGUCAAUGACAAAGACGAGAGAAUAACGAUCCGUGGUGGGAAGCUGAUGAUCUCGAACACUCGGAAGACUGAUGCUGGGAUGUAUGUGUGUGUGGGUACCAACAUGGUUGGGGAAAGAGACAGUGACCCCGCUGAGCUGGUGGUGCUUGAGAGACCAGUGUUCACCAAACGCCCAAUAAACCAGGUUGUACUAGCAGAUGAGACAGUGGAUUUCAUUUGUGAUGUGCAUGGAGACCCAACUCCUACACCUCGUUGGCGUAAAGAGGAAGGAGAGUUGCCCCGGGGCAGGUAUGAAAUAAAAAAUGACAAUACUCUUCGGAUAAACCGUGUGAGUCCUGAGGAUGAGGGCACCUACACCUGCAUGGCAGAGAACAAAGUGGGCAAAGCUGAAGCCUCAGGCUCUCUCCAAGUUCACGUUGGGCCAUUUUUACCUCCUCAGAUCGUAGUCCGUCCCAGGGACCAGAUUGCCUCUCAGGGCCGCACAGUGACUUUCCUUUGUGGCACCAAAGGAAACCCUCCACCAGCAGUUUUUUGGCAGAAGGAAGGCAGCCAGAUACUGUGGUUUCCCAGCCAGCCUCCAGAACAGUCUGGGCGCUUCUCUGUAUCCCUUAGUGGAGAGCUGACAAUCACUGAUGUCCAGACAGCAGACUCAGGCUACUACAUGUGUCAGGCCAUCAGUGUAGCAGGCAGCAUUCUCACAAAGGCCCUCUUGGAAGUUGAAAAUGCUCCAUCAGACCGGAUUCCACCAAUCAUUCGCCAGGGACCACUCAAUCAGAGUCUGUCCCUAGGAGGCACAGCACAGUUACAGUGCCAUGUGAUGGGUAACCCACUCCCCAGCAUUCAGUGGGAGAAGGAUGGAAGGAGGAUUUUGGGGAAUGACCCUCGUUUCAGUCUACUGGAUAAUGGGACACUUCAAAUCACUCUCCUCAAAGAAAUGGACAGUGGGACAUAUACAUGCCUUGCUUCAAGCACCAGUGGGGAAACAAGCUGGAGUGGGAUGCUGACUGUGAGAGAAAAGGGGAUGGCGGCUGCCCCUGAGCCCUCCCAACCCAAUUUGCUUCCUGGUCCACCCCAGAAACCUGUAGUCACUGACGUGACACGAAACAGUGUGACACUGACAUGGAAACCCAAUAGCCAUGAGGGAGGGACAUCUGUGACUUCUUACAUUAUUGAAGCUUUCAGUCAAUCAGCUGGCAGCACCUGGCAGACAGUGGCCGACUUGGUGAAGCAAGAGAAGCACACAGUCAGUAGCCUGAACCCCGAUACUGUGUAUCUGUUCAUCGUGCGAGCUGUUAAUAGCUAUGGCCUGAGUGACCCCAGCCCUAUCUCUGAACCUGUGCGUACCCAAGAUGUAAGUCCAACUGGCCAAGGUGUUGAUCAUCGUCAGCUUCAGCGAGAACUGGGUGAAGUAGUAGUUCAACUGCAGGAGCCUGUCCUCUUGACAUCCACCUCGGCCCAGCUUACAUGGACAGUUGAUCGCCAGUCACAAUACAUCCAGGGAUACCGGCUACUCUAUCGCAUCAAAGGUGGCACGUGGCUGUCGCAGGAGGUGAAGGCAGCAUCUGAGCACAGCACCGUGCUGACAGAUCUGAGAAAGGGCUCAGAGUACGAGGUGAAGAUCCGGCCCUAUUUUGAUGAGUUCCAGGGUAUGGACAGUGAAGUAUUAUUCAUUCGUACAGCUGAGGAAGCUCCAAGUUCACCACCUCAGGCUGUUUCUGUGGUAACUGUCAAGCUGAACAAUAGCACCAGUAUUAGUGUGUCUUGGGAGCCGCCCCCAGUGGAGUCUCAGAAUGGAGUCAUCCAAGAAUAUAAGAUUUGGUGCCUGGCCAAUGACUCUCAGUUCCACAUCAAUAAAACUGUCGAAAGCACUGCGCUGUCCACUGUCGUCCGAGGCCUGAUGCCAGGAGUAAUGUACCAGGUGGAGGUGGCUGCGGUCACGAGUGGAGGAGUUGGUCCCAGGAGCCAGCCCAAGUCUGUCUUAAUCAAACUCCCCUCAGAUCAGCCAACGGCGCCAGCAGAGACCAGUGAGAAUGUCAGCCUGGCAGAGCAGAUUACGGAUGUGGUGAAGCAGCCAGCAUUCAUAGCAGGCAUUGGCGGGGCAUGCUGGGUCAUUCUCAUGGGCUUCAGUGUGUGGAUUUAUUGCCGCCGCAAAAAGAGAAAGGAGCUGAGCCACUAUACAGCGUCCUUUGCCUACACCCCAGCAGUUGGCUUCCCACAUGGAGAAGGAUCAGGUCUGAUUAACAGCAGGCCAGGCAUGCUUGGAACCAAUAUGGCCAACUACCCUUGGCUGGCAGAUUCUUGGCCAACAACAAAUCUUAUGCAUAGCAGCAAGGAUCCAGUGAAUUGCUGUCCAACCAAGCUUGAUUCUUCAGACCGAUACUACAAUGAUGCUGGCAUCACCAAUUACUUGAGUCAAACAGAAAAGUUUGGCCCUGGCUCUAGUGAAGGCCCCAUAUAUAGCACCAUCGACCCAGCCAGCGAUGACAUGCGUACCUUCAAUUCACCUUAUUCCCAGCACACCACGCCUUAUGCCAGCACCCCUGUCAUGCCAUUUGGUGCACAAGGAGUCUACACUCCCGAACAAGAAGGAUGCCACUGGAUAGUCCAGCCUGGUCCCUCAGGAGCCCAGUAUGCACAGCCAGACCGCAACCGACCUGAGAAUGCUCCAGCACCGAAGACUGGCAAACAAAAAUCAGUUGGGAAGCCAGUAAAGACACCCUCACUUAACUGGGCAGAAGCCCUACCUCCGCCACCUACUGCAGGAGAACUUGAGCAGUACACAGAAGAGGAAGAAGAUGAUGAAGAUGACGAUGUGGAGAUCGGCAGCUCAGAUGGAGAGGACUGGUGUCCCCCACUGCCAGAAAGGACCUACCUGACAGAGAGUGCUUCUGAUGAUGUGCCAGCCCCACCUCCCCGUGGUGAAGCAUCCUCUCCAGCUGCCUCGUAUGGACAUCAAUCCACUGCCACACUAACUCCAUCACCACGGGAGGAGAGCCGGCCUUCUGAGGACAUUCCCCGUCUUCACCACUUUGACAUGCCUCAAUUGCCCAGGAGGAUACCAUGUGGUCCAGUUGCAGUUCCUAGAGCUCCGAGUCCACCCUUAACACAGUCUAACCCCAACCUUUCAUCAGUGGAGGAUACUGCAGAUGUAAGCUUAGUGCAGAAACUCGGCCACCGGCGAGAUCUCAGCCAGGGGGCGGCAUUGAGUGCAGAGAACAUCAGUUCACCAAUACAAGGUCGGAUACGACAAAUGCUUCCUGAAGGGAGUCACACGCCCCCUACACAGAAGUCACGGACCAAGAAGAAAUCAUCCAAGGCAGGCCAAUACCGGCGAGACCUGAACCAGGGAGACCUCCCACCACCUCCUGAGCCUCCACCUAAUGAUGAGCAACCACAAGGCCCGCUGGAGUACAACGCUGGCCUGGACUGCAGCCGGACAUCCCUGGAGAGAGAUGUUAGCGCUCCGUCUUCUGUGGAACGCAGGCCAGAACACGUGAAUUAUCAAAGAAAGACAUCUCAGCAGCGGCACAGAGAAGAAGAGGAUAUCAUCCCAUACAGCAAACCUAACUUUAUGUCUAGAGGUCAGAUAUCCAGCAAUUGUUGCACAACAGGAAGUUCUUCAUCCAGGGGUUCAACGGGGUCACGGGGUCAAGCAUCUGGAAGGAGCAGGGGAGUCGCAGAAAGAAGUGAGGACAUGAGAUAAGCUGAAGAUGAAGACAAGAAAAAAUACAACAAAAAGAAAACGAAAUAGCAUGAUGUCAUGGCCCAAGAAUCCAGAAAAUCCAUCAGUCUGUUCGGACGUAUUGGCUUCCUCAGCAUGAUGAAGAAAACUUAGGCAUUUCUCUUCUGUGUUGCUUAAAGAAACAAAGGAAGAAAAAUAAAUGGACUAUCACCUUUUUUAUUUAUGCAUACUAGGAUUGCGUUUAUCACAUCCACUUGUAUAUACGGCAUCAGGUCUCUCUGUUCUCCAUGUAGUGUUUGGAUGUGGACUGCGAGAGUGAAUGAGUGGGAGUGCAUAUGUGUGCGUGCGUGCGAGAAUGAGUAUGUGUUGUAUUUAUAAGAGAAAUUCACGUGUCCAAUAUUUUAAACGUUCAUGUCUGAAUGUGCCAAUUUUUGUAGAAAGCAUACCUUGAAAAACAGGAAGAAAAUUGCACACUUUUUUGCUAACAGCAUAAAGUCCCGUUAGAAACGAAAAGCACAAGGCGAGCUCCAGUCCUGUCUGGUUUUACACGUUGCGGGACACGCCAGUAAUGCCCGACUGUGUGUCUGCCUGCUGUUAUGUUAUGUUAUGGGGUUUUAUUUUUAUUUUAAUUUUAUUUUUUGAGCUAAGACUUGUCAGGGUUUCAAACUCUACAGAAGAUGUGAAAGGCUUCACUGGCUUGGUAAAGUUCAAAGAUGUUAUCCUGUUAAAGAAAGGAAAAAAAAGAAGGUCAAGCAAAACAAAAUAAUGUGUACUGUUGACUAACUUUUUGGUAGUCAAACUGUUUUGUAAAAAUAUAAAAAUAUAUAAAAAUAAAUAAAUUUGGAAAAAAAA